AAGACCUAACUUAUUCAACCUUUCUCUGUAACUUAGUUGUCGAAACCCAGGCAACAUUCUAGUAAAUCUCCUCUGCACUCUCUCUAUUUUGUUGACAUCCUUCCUAUAAUUGGGCGACCAAAAUUGUACACCAUACUCCAGAUUUGGUCUCACCAAUGCCUUGUACAAUUUUAACAUUACAUCCCAACUUCUAUGCAGUAUCUUAUAUAAUAUAUAUAUAUAGGAACUGGGUACUGAUUCUGGAUGAUCAGCCAUGAUCACAAUGAAUGGCGGUGCUGGCUCGAAGGGCUGAAUGGCCUACUCCUGCACCUAUUUUCUAUGUUUCUAUGAAGUCAGUGAGUGUUUGACAUUGUUGGUUUGGGCUGAGAUGGCAUCCGUUACCCCACACCAAGUGUGCAGGGAUCACUCUGUAAAUGCCUUCCACAAUGGUCCAAUGAAUCACAGGAGAGCACUCUCCAUUCAAAUCUAUCGUGUUUACUCAGUCUGGAUAUUUUUUAAUUUCUGAGCCUUGGGUCAGACACUUACGGUGAAGUGCUCCCUCACUGAGAGCUGUGAUGAAUCGUCGGGCUGAGUUAUGAGAUGGCUGCUCUCACUCGGAAUUGUUCAGCAUUUAUCUAUGCGAUAACUCAAAUGAUUUCGCUUUCACACCAGGAUAAAUAUUUACUUCCAGCUGAGGCCUGACUGCUUGACAUAUGCCAGCAAGGUCUUUGCUCCCAUCCAACCCAGAUACUGACAAAUUGCUUUCCUAGUAUCACGGUUGUUAACAACACUCAAUGUAAACAUUUGUCUUUCAGAUCUCGCUGGUGUGUCCUUGCGUACCUCACCGACCCUCCCACUUCACCUCCUCCCUUGCUAACCCAACCUCCUCCCUUUCUAACCCAACCCGUACCCAUUGCAGCCUGCGAUCUAAUGUAAAGUUGUUGGCUUCUCUUUUCGUGUGGCGUGCACAGCCUAAAGUUGGUGGACAACUUGUUCUAUUUGACCUUCCGUUUGUGCACGUCGAGUUGAUUGCAUUAGUCGAAACAGGGCGGACCAGGUGAAGGUUGCAAUCUCCCACCCCAAUAGUUGCUGGCUGGUGUGACGUAAUGCCGGUCCUGAGUGGAGCAAAUAAAUCCUGGACGGACGGUGUGAUGUGAGGGUUUUAGUCGUGCUUGUGGAACGGAAGGUUCUGUGGUCAACAAGGUCUCGGAGAUCUUUAACCUGAUCUGGAACGGCAGGUCCCGGUGCCGAGUGCUUUGCCGACAACCGGUGUGGCGGUAUGGACAGCAGGAAGCAGAGUCUGGUCACCGUCAGGGUCACGGAGAAGAGAGCGCCCGUCUCCACCAAAGCAAGAACCAACAGCAAAGCAGCACCGGAGGGGAAGUACGGAACGCAGCCUGGAGCGUUGAAAGGAAGAGGUUCAAUGGGGAAUAUUUUAAGUGAAGGACAUCCUCCCUCGUUCAGCAUCAGCGGACUUCUUGUGGCCCGGAGACUGACCAAGAAUUUGAAGGAGAGAACAGCUUUGAAGAUAGCUGCAAAGAAACCGGUAGUCACCAAAAUCAUCAACGAACAGGUGCCGCCGUUCUCCUCCAAGCCCCCUCAGAAGUUCUGCUCCUUCGCGGUUCAGCGGUUCCUGGAGGAGCUGCUGCCGGGGGAACUAAGCGGCAUCUCCUACGGCCCAGAUCUGGCCGGCAAGCUGGCCAAGGAGAUGAGCGAGAAGAUCAAGGAGUUUGCCAAGACGGCCAUGCCACCCCGCUACAAGCUGGUGUGUAUCGUCACCGUCGGAGAGCAUUGCCAGGAGGAUGUCCUGCUCACCAGCCGUGCGCUGUGGGACGCUUACGCCGAUACCUUCGUGUCACACAGUUACAAAAACGGCACCAUGUUCUGUGUGGCCAGUGUCUUUGCCCUGUACUGUGAGUGAACAAUGGCUGGAGUAGUGGUAUAAGGACAGGUUAGAUAGUCCAGGCUUGUCCUUAUGAAACACUGAUCUACCCUUGGUGGUCAGGAUCAAAUAGAGAGAAACUACUUCUUGUCUAGAAUGAGCAUGUUGGUUUUUUUAGAGGUACAGCAGGGAAACAGGCCCUUCGGCCCAUAGAGUCAAGGGCGGAACUCGCUAUCAAAACAUGGAGGGGACGGGGGACACCAUUUUCUGGCGGCCCGCGCGCAUGCACGCACUCACACACACGUGUGAGGCUUCGGAGGCUCAAUCCAGCGCUAAAAACUGAGAUUUUAAAAUCGGGAUCACAAAAACUUGGUGGAGGGGAUGUCCCCCACCUCUCAUAACAUGGGGGGGACCUGUCCCCUCUGUCCCCCCCGGGUUUUCUGCCCCUGCACAGAGUCUACGCCGUCCAGCGAUCCCCACACAUUAACACGUACAGACUAUGUACAGAAACCAAUUAAUCUACAAACCUGAAAGUCUGUGGAGUGUGGGCGGAAACCGGAGCGCCCUGAGAAAACCCACCCUGUCACAGGGAGAACAUGCAAACUCCACGCAGACAGCACCCGUAGUCAGGAUCGAACCCGGUUCUCUGACGCUGUGAGGCAGCAACUCUACCGCCGCAUACCCCCAGUUUCAGGGUGGGUUCCAAGUUUGUUUUUAAUUGGGUUUGAAGAUGAGCUGAGGAAGUCAAACCUCUGGUCAUCUGCUACCCUGUCCUUGUGUGAUAUGACAUUUGCAGGUUGCAAUUAGAUCACUUCUAGGUGUGAAGGUGUAAUGUCAUCCUCAUUGGAUUGGGUUUCUGCAUCGUUGGGUAUGAGUGUCGAUCACCGUGCUUGUCCUGAACCCCAACACCCACUUCCCAGCAUCAUAAAAUGUCACCCACAUCCUGGCUCCAUCCACUAAGAAGCUCAGAGACUCGACAUGUAAAUUGUCUCAAUGUCUGCUGUAAAUAAACCUCUCUGGGUAUGUAACGUCUGUGUCUCUCUACAUUCUGCACACAUUACCAAAUGGCAAUGAAGAUUGAUUGUUGAAACUCAUUAGUGGGAGAGUCUCGGACCAGAGGGCACAGCCUCAGAAUUAAAGGACGAUCCUUCAGGAAGGAGAUGAGGAGGAAUUUCUUUAGCCAGAGGGUGGUGAAUCUGUGGAAUUCAUUGCCACAGACGGCUGUGGAGGCCAAGCCAGUGGAUAUUUUUAAGGCAGAGAUUGAUAGAUUCUUGAUUAGUACGGGGUUAUGGGGAGAAGACAGGAGAAUGGGAUUGAGAGGGGAAGAUAGAUCAGCCAUGAUUAAAUGGCAGAGUAGACUUGAUGGAUCGAAUGGCCUAAUUCUGCUAUCACAUGAACAUGAAAAUCACAGGUGGUCAGUUCCACAGCUAGAAGCCACUUACUUUGGAAAUUAACAUGCAGAAAGAGCUGUCUCAGGAAAAAUAAAGUCUUGGCAAAAAUUCCUGUUUCCAUGUAACCUUCUCAGAGUAAUCAGAUACCAUUGUCUCUUCUAAACGCGGGCUACCAGUUUCACAGCAGGAGGCCACUUAAAAUAGCUAACUUGGAAAUUGAAAGUGAUUGCGACUAUUAAAAUGUUUGCAUCAUAUCCUGAUUAACAAUCUAUCAUACAGCCUUUAGUAUUUUUAGCUUGCAAUGGCGAAAUAAACGUAGCUAUUAAAAUCAUCUUUAUUCAUGAAAAUCCUGUGGGAAAAAUAACUUGGUUAUUGCAAGUCUGCAGCUAUCCAACCCACUUCUCAAGUUCAAGUUCAAGUGAGUUUAUUGUCAUGUGUCCCUGAUAGGACAAUGAAAUUCUUGCUUUGCUUCAGCACACAGAACAUAGUAGGCAUUGACUACAAAACAGAUAAGUGUGUCCAUUCCUCAUCCUCAUUACUCCCCUUUCCCAUCAACAUAAUUGCCUUUAUAAAAGGAUUCUUCGAUAACACGAGAUUCCUUAGUAACACAACUAUCAUGCUAUCUCAGAACUGCCUGUACAUCAAACGUAAGGAUAUGCUCCUUAAAGCAACCAAUACCAUUGACAUUGAAAGAGAAGGUGCUAUUGUGAGAGUGAAUUGAGUCAAGAGUGUUUCAUUGACCAAUAACACAGACAUAAAAUCAAAAUAAUAAAAUUCUUACUUGCAACAGCACAGCAGAAUAUGUAAACAUGGCACACUGUGAACAAUAUUAUAAGCUGAGAAAAAAUUUAAAAUUGUAUUUAUAUAUAAAUACAUACAUAUAAAAACAACAAACAAUGAUAGUGCAAAAAGACAAAACCAAAAUUAAGAGAUGUGAUAUGUAAGUUCCGCCACAACGUUUAGAAGACAUUUGGACAGGUACAUGGAUAGGAUAGGAUAGAAGGAUGUGGGCCAAACGUGGGCAGGUGGGACCAGGGGCAUCCUGGUCGACGUGGGCAAGUUGGGCCGAGGGGCCUGUUUCCGUGCUGUAUGAUCCCAUGACUCUAAUUGGAAAAUUCAGUGCUCUUUAGACCUUAAGACAUAGGAGCAGAAUUAGGCCAUUCGACUCAUCAAGUCUGCUCCGCCAUUUGAUCAUGGCUGAUCUAUUUUUCCCUCUCUACCCCAUUCUCCUGCCUUAUU